GGGCUGCUCGUGCGCCGAUUGAAACAGUAUUCCGAACAACGCGAGUGCUUAGCGUCGCGUCAAGUUAGCUCUGUUACAAUAAUGCACUAACUGGGAGUGCUAAGAUAUCAAUAUGGUGUUGUGUCCGCCUUUUAGGUGGUCCUCCAAAGGAGGAUUCAAUCUGACUACCCCUUCGCGAGACCGGAGUAACACCGAUGAGAGAAGAGAAACUAUUGUUAAAUUACCAGAAAGUAUUCCCGAUGAACCAAAGAUUGACGGCACUGUUACUAACGGAAAUGUUACAAUAUUCAAAAAAAGUAUCACAUUAUCAGUUGAUCCAGGAGGGUCGAGCAAAAAAUCUAGUUAUAUGAGCAUUCAAAGUGAAAAAUCACGUCAUAGUUACAGAGACUCAGAAGUUGAGUAUUUGGAAGACCGGAAAAGCAGUACAGGUCGUAAGACCAUUUCAGAUCUGGUUCAAACUGAUCCUGAUAAACGCAGACAAAGGAAGCGCGGCAUCAUUGCUCCGCAUGCGCCUCCUGAAACUGGGAGAUUUAGUGGCGAUUUACAAUAUGACAAAUUUACAAAGGAUGAGAAGUCGGCAGUACUAAUAAAAAAAGCUAUUAUGGCAAAUGAGUUCUUAAGAAACAUAAUGGAUGACGAGCGACUUCUCUCAGUGGUAGAGGCUAUGAGUCCACAAGAGUACCCUGCGGGUAGUCUCUUAAUCCGUGAGGGAGAGAGUGGAAGCCACUUAUUUGUUUCCGCACACGGUCAGUUUGAAGUGCUAAAAGGAGGACACGUGGUAAAAAAUUUUGGUCCCGGAGAAGCAUUUGGCGAACUCGCAAUUUUAUAUAAAGCGAAAAGAUUUGCCUCCAUAAGGUGUAUAACAGAAACAAAAGUAUGGAUACUGGAAAGGCGAGUAUUUCAAAGAAUUAUGGUGCGUAGUGGUCGCCAGGAACUGGAAGACAACAUUCGAUUCCUUGCUUCUGUGCCCCUUCUUCAAGGCAUUCAUCCAAUAGAAUUAACGAAGAUUGCCGACUUUUUAAAACGGGAGUUCUUCUCGGCGGGAACAGUGGUGGUUCGACAAGGUGACAGAGGAGACAAAUUCUACAUAAUCCGUGGCGGUGAAGUGGUGGUGACAAAACGCGAGGAGGAUGCGGGUGAACGUCGCGUUGGAUCCCUGGGCCGCGGCAACUAUUUCGGCGAACAGGCCCUGCUGCACGAGGAUCGAAGACUUGCAACAGUUACCGCAAUGCCUCCAGGCGUAGAAUGUCUUACGUUAGAACGCGGUCCAUUUACUGAGCUGCUGGGUAACUUAGAAGAAUUGAAAAAUGUAAGACACUCUGAUCCAAGGCCAUCGCAACAGAAAAAAGUAUCAGUUGUGAAAAGUGAAUUUGAAUUUGUGGAGUUAAAGGACCUUGAGAUCGUGGGCACAAUGGGUGUAGGUGGUUUCGGGCGAGUAGAACUAGUGCACUAUAAACGAGAACCAUCGCUAACAUUCGCUCUCAAAUGCCUCAAGAAAGUUGACAUGGUACAGCAACAGCAACAGGAGCAUGCCUUUAACGAGAAAUUUAUUAUGAUGGCGUGCAAAAGCAGGUUUAUUUGCAGACUUUAUCGUACCUUCAAAGACAACAAAUAUAUCUACUUCUUGAUGGAGCCAGUGUUGGGCGGGGAUGUAUGGACCAUUUUGCAGAAACAGCGUUACUUCCCUGAAAAUAUUGCGCGUUUCAUGUCAGCUUGCGUCGUGGAAGCAUUUCAGUACUUACAUUCUAAAGAUAUAAUUUAUCGGGACCUGAAGCCGGAAAAUUUGAUGCUGGAUAAGCAAGGAUAUAUUAAAUUGGUUGAUUUUGGCUUUGCAAAACGUUUAUCAGCAAACAGCAAAACUUGGACAUUUGCAGGCACUCCUGAAUAUGUUGCGCCAGAAAUUGUUCUGAACAAGGGUCACGACCGUGCCGUCGAUUGUUGGGCGUUGGGCGUGUUUAUCCACGAACUUUUGGUCGGCAAACCCCCGUUCCGCGCGGCCGGGGGCGACCACAUGAAGACCUACACGCUUAUCCUGCGUGGCAUCGACGCUGUAUCCUUCCAUCCGCGCGUGCCCAAAUCUGCGCAAAUGCUCAUCCGCAAGCUCUGCCGCGCCGUACCUGCCGAGCGACUUGGAUAUUUGAAGAACGGAAUUGUGGACAUUAAGAAUCAUAAAUGGUUCCUCGGCUUCGACUGGGAAGGACUUCGGGAGGGUAAGAUGAAGGCGCCUUUGAUACAGCCCGUCGCAAGCGAUCUCGACCUCUCAAACUUUGAGAAAUAUCCCAAGGACAAGUUGCCACCGGAUGAAACAUCUGGAUGGGAUAUCAAUUUCUAAAAUCAGAACUGUGAUGAAAUUUAUUACGUUUUAUUAUUGUUUACUUUGGAACGAUUGAAACCGUAAUCAUAAUUCAACCUUGCCUUAUUAUCAUUAUUCAUUUAUUUCUGUAUAUUUUUAGCAAUAGA